GUCCUGGGCUCGCCUGUUAUUAACGUUAUUAACGUUACGUUAUCUCUCGCGUCACUUAUGUCCCUAACGGCCGAGGAGGAGGAGGACGGCGCUUCAGGUGCACCACCGGGAACAGUGAUUGAAACACGGCGAACUUUUAACGCCACCGACGGGAAUCAUUCACCGUGAAUUAGAAACUGAAGGAUAAACGUCCCAGUUUGUCGACAACUUUUAUCGUCGCUCGCCGUCGUUUCAUCUGUGAUGACGACCUGCCGCUUAACCUGAGGUUUUCUUGUCUAAAAAGUACGCAAAAUGAUACAAGAACAUCCUCAUCAAAAAUCAGGAUGGACAAUAAAGCAGUGACUUUUUGCACAUCAUUCUGGAUGCCUGCUCUGAGAACUUAAUAACUUCUGGAACAUAUAUUGUACUUUGCAUAGAUAAGGAUUUAUUACGCAGCUGUGCUCUUUGAGCUACCAGCAGUCUGGGACCAGGAAUGGAGACAGAACAGACGGAGGGUGCGUCACAAAAAAGCACAGCGAUUAUUAAGGCGGAAACAGAGGAAGAUGUGACCUCUGGCCACACGUGCGGAGUGUGUGGCCGUAGCUUUCCUCUUCUCAGCUCUCUAUCCCAGCAUAUGAGAAGACACACCAGGGAGAAGCCGUACAAGUGCCCGUACUGUGAUCACAGGACAGCGCAGAAGGGCAGUUUGAAGGUCCACAUUCGAAGCCACAAACUAGGCUUACUCAGUCAUAACCUGGGUGACAAUGAAGUAGAUGGAGAUCAAGGGCAGAAAGAUAAUGCUAAGAUGCUUGAUGGUUCUCCUGAAUCCAUCAGCACCUCUGUCAGAGUCCAUAAUGUCAAUGGGAAGAUGAAGAAGAAAGGGCCUAAGAAAAAAGUUAAGUGCAAAGAUGAAAUAGCUGCAGUGGAAGAAACAUCAAGCAGCAAAAAUAGCAUUUCUGCACAGAUGGAUGAGAGGGCUGAAGCUGGGCCCUUUUCCUGCAGCUUAUGUAGCCAGGUUUUCCCUCAGGUAUUACUCCUAAAAGCCCACAUGAAAAAGCACAGGGGCUCUCAGGAUCAUGGUUGUCGGAUCUGUGGACGUCGCUUCCGCCAAGCAUGGUUCCUCCAAAGCCAUAUGCGCAUUCAUCGGGUUAAAGCCCAGCUGCGGGGUGGCAAACACAUUGAGCUCCCUGCCACCAUCAAUGGGGUUCCUCAGGACCCAGUGUCCCUGAUAAAUGAAGAGUGCCUCUAUGAGCUCUGUGCUGGCUGUGGUAACUUCUUCUAUGAUCGCAAGACUUUGCGAAUACACGAAAAGGUCCAUAAACACAACCACAGCCACACUCAGACACAGAACCAGCUUGAAGAACCUGAGGACUCGGAGGUGCACGACGCCAAGAGGCAUUUUUUGGAAAGCCUAAACCUCACAUGUGUUGGACUUGGGGAAACGCUUGAUGAAAAGAUACAGGGCAAAAGAAUUCCAGAGCUGGAUCCUGUUUGUAGCUACCAAGCCUGGCAGCUGGCCACAAGGGGACGACUUGUGGAGGCCGCAGAGAAAUGCCUGGGAUGGGAGGAGAGACUAGCAGAUGCCGAGGUGGCAUACGACAAGGAGAAAGGCGAGUACGUGCCCCUGAAGCAGGAGAAGAAGAGAAAGCAAAUUGAAACUUCUACUUCUAGCACUAAGAAGAAAAAGAGUGAUAAAAACCAUGACCACACAUCAAACAACUCAGCCCACGCUAAAGGUGGUAACACUGGGAUUCUCAAUCAUCAGACUGAGCGUGUUCUUCUGAAUGGACUCGGUCAUGCAUUUUAUGGGGCGCUGCAGAAGAAGAAGGCCAAGGAAGUUUGCUACUCUGCUAAACAAACCAACAGCAUUUGGAUCCAAGACCAGGAAGAUAAGAAAACAUACUUCUGCGAGCACUGUGAUUUCCACACUGUCGACGCCUCGCUUCUCAGGUCUCACCUGCAAAGGCAGCACCUGGACUUCAAGAGUCCCUACAGCAAACAGAGCACCAUUUUGGACAGUCCAAGCCAAAGUGGUCCCAAAGCCUCAAGAUACAUGGACUACCUCAGAAAUAGGAGUGCGUUGCUUAAUCAGCCAUACUGGAAUCCUUACACAUGUCCACCAGGCCGGGCAUGGGCAGAGUCAGGCAUUAAAACAGAGAAAUCAAAGAGUACUCAGGUCAAAGGGCAGGGAGAUGCCACCAUAGAUGCUGCCAGUCUCCUUAAUUUGUCAGCGUUACCUGUAGGUGAAGGUGAUGGCACCAUGAACUAUUCAGUGAAAAAAGAGGGCCUAGUAAGACACCAGUGCCCAUAUUGUUCCCACACUACCAGCUACCCAGAGGUGCUGUGGAUCCAUCAGCGGGUUGCACACAGGGUGGAUGGCAAUAGCUCACUGGCACCAAAGUGGGCACCCUGCACUAAUAGCUUCAAGAGUUCAAAGACAGGUGCUACCCAGUGGAGGCGCACGGGGCCUCCGCCAUUUCUUGAGAGCAAAGACUGCCCAGCUCUGCCCACUCCCCGAACUCAGCGCACACAGCCACCGGGUUUCACAGUGCACAGCAGCAGCAGCAAGCGCUCAGCACCGAAGACCCAUUCAGGCAUCCCUACAAAUAAACCCAAGCCUAACACUCAGUCAAAGGACUCCCAGUCUGCAGACGGGACUCCAUCAAGUGGGAGAACGGGGCUUGUACCUCAAAAGAAGUCUGAACAAAACCGUGCAAUGGAGGGGGGAAGUAAGGGCACCAGUGUUCAAGUUACUUCAUCAAGUAGUAGUGAGCACAGUAAAAGUGUCCCUGGGUUCCAGUCAACAAGCAGCCCUAAAUACAAAAGCCACAGAGGUGCUGUGGAAGGCAACCCACUUCCACAAGAGGGCCUGGGUUUUAUGUUGGCCCGUAAUCAUGGCAGAGCUUCAUCUUCUGCACCUGCAGAUAGACUCCAUCCCCCCAGGCAGACAUGUGAUUCCUCUGCAGGUCUUAAAGGUCUUGAUCUUUGGUCUGCCAUGAACCUAUGGGGUGUCCACAGUGGCAAAGCAUACUUAGAACCGCUCCUUUUUGCUCAGGGAAAGAGUGAAUCAACAGGAGAAAUGCCAAUUGACAUUGAUAUUUUGAGUCUCUUGAAAAACUACAAUCCCCAUGACCUGGCUGCUCUUUACCAGCACUGGGGGUUUGUCGAUCCCAGGCUUGAUCCACAAGCAGUGUUGCAGUUAAAUGGAAAUUUUGGAAGUGAAGUCCAUCCCUCCUCUGAAGCCUCCAAACAAGUGAACAACAGCUCCACUUCAUCCUCAGGGUCUCUUCAAAAAGGAACAUGAAGACAUGUUCCAGUUUGCUUCGAGCUUGCACAACACUGCAGAACAAAGAGACACGCUGUUCUUUAAAAGGAAGCAGCCAUAACUCCUUGAGGACAGAAGCAUUUGACAAUGCACAACAUAUGCAAAGAAAUGAGGUGGACUUGUUUAUAAUUCUAAUUAUUUUGUAAAAUGGUUGUUAACGUUUGAAGAUGUGUGUUAUGCUUGCAUUCUCACAAAAAUGCUUUUUUUGUUUCUCUAGAUACAUUAGAUACUUCCACACAGGAAAGGAAAUGAGGCAAAAUUGUUUAUGCUGAUUCAGACAGAAGGUGAGAUGAUAAGAAGGCUGUGUAGAGGGACUCUGGCUCUGGUGGAAAUUCAGUGUGAAUUCAGUCAGGAUGUAGAGAUGGAUUUGUUGGCUAAUGACUUACCAAAAUAUGCCAGUUUGGAGCUAUUGAAGAGCUCUAACUGUCAAGAUCCCCCUCACAUUUAUUUUUUUUUACACAAUAAUCUGAAAUACCAAAUCUCACAAAGCAGAAUACCACUGAGAACAUUCAAAAGAUGUACCCUGCGUCUUGAACUUUUCACUGCAUUUUUCUUGUAUAUAUCAAAAUAGUUUCAGUUUGUUUUUCUCUGUGUUUGGAGCCUCUAUGCCUGUGAAAUGUCUGCUUGGCCUAAGGUAAAUGUGGGAUUGUCACAACAAAAACAGUUUGCAGUGCAACAGUAGAGUAUACAAUGCAGGUAUAGUAUGCUGUAACAUUUUAGCUGUGCACUCAUAUUUACAUCAGUAUCAGAGUACUGAUCUUAGACCAGUUCUUUCUUGUGGACUGUAUUGAGUGAGAUGACAGAUUUAACCCGUCAGCGGUCACAUGCUCAGUUUUCAUGCAGGAUUGUGCUUUUCAAGGCUUUGACAAGUACAGUGCAAGUAAAUAAAGUGCUGCACUCGAUUCACAGUUACAGUUACAUGCAUUUCUAUAUAGUGGGGAAAAAAACAGUGGAGGAUUUGCUCCAUAGUUUUGAACUAAUUAACAACAAAUUCGCCAUCCCACUACCAGUAUUACGGGAUUGCUUAACUGGGGCAAAAACUGACCAAAAUCCUGGCUUUAUCUCUGUCAACCCGUGUUAAAUCACCCCACCCACAUGUAGUAGAAUGUAAAGCACUGCUUAGAUCAUUUUACUGCACUGAAAGCCCUAUAGAGCACAACACGUUGGGUUUGGCUGCUUAAUGCAUUUUUAAUUCAAACAGCAAAAGUCUUGUUUCCAGACAUUAAUAAGCUACUGAUUCAACUUAGUAUAUAUACUUGGCAGCAGUGCUGUGAAUUUCUGAGUUUGCUACACAGUUGACCUAACAGACUGUUGAUAUACUACUGAUGCAAAUGAAGUUACCACAAAAUCCUGACAUAGUUUAAAUUUUACCAGCUCCAAGGUAAUUGGAAUUUCUUUUUGAAUAUCCCUCCUACAUCAGUAUAAUCCAUAGAUAGCCAGUGAUACAAAAACAUGUCAUGGGAGAGGUCACAGCUGCAGAACAGUAAGGGAUUCAGUGCCUUGUUAAAGGGUAACACAACAGUGUUUGGCACCAUCAGUGAAAUACCAGCCAUCUUCUAGUUGCAGGUUGCAUAAUCUCCUUUCAGUGCCAGUGACCAACCCAACCAACUCCCCGUGACUGUCAGGCCUUUCUUACUUCAAGGCUAAACUGCUGAGCAAGAAAUCAACAACUCGGUGUAGGCUAAGGGGGUAGAUCCUCGAUCAGGUAUUUUGUGUAUGACCAGUUUGACUCCUUUAAACUCAUGCAAUCAGACUGUAGCAUCUGUGGCAAUGGCAUUUUUGGGCUUCACCACUCUCACAUGACCUUUGGCAUGGGCAAAUCCAAAACACCGCCAAAUUUAAGGUCCAUAAUGGCCAACCAAACAAUAAGAGAAACAUAUGCGAGUGGGUGGCCAUUACUAUUUACAAACUGUAGCCAGUCUGUCAUACAUGUUUUAUGUGUCAAAAAUAACCAAUGAACAAUGAAUGUGGUAUUUCUACUUUUUUUUUUUAAUUUGAGUUUUAAGUUUUAACAAAGUACUUUUGUGCUUUUGCUCUUCUUAGGAACAAAAAGAAUGCUAGUGAAAUGGUGUUAACCUUAAAACAUUUGUACUCAUUUCACACUGUGCUAGCCAUGUAGCAAUUUCAUCCCGCCAGCCUUAGAUAUAGAAAAUGUAGAAAAGUUCCCAAAUAAUACAUUUCUGCUGAUGUAGCCCUCCGUGUUACAUUUGCCAGGAAAACUACAAACUCAUUUCAGUUUUUUUCAAGAUUGCAAAACAGUUUUUGACUUUUUGAAGUUCCUCUCUUCAGUCUCAGAAUUCCUUUCGUCACAUGUUUUAUGUUUGCAGAUAUGUUCAGUGUGUUUCUGUUUUAGUUUGUAUUCAUCUCCCAUUGAGAAAUGGUCUAUGCAGUUGUACCAGUCAUACUAACUAGUGUACAAGACAAAAAAAAAAAAGCCAUCAACUUAUUUACACAUGGGAGUGCAUAAAAAUGUAUUAUUUAUUAUUGAAAAAUUGACUGUGUGGAAAAAAAAAAUGUUUUUGAUAAAUAUUGUAAAAGAUAGUUUUAUUUAACAGUUGUUUUCACUAAGAGUCUAAUCUCAAUGCUCCUUAUUACUUGACAUUUGUAGAAACAAUGUAGAAAAUGUAAAUAAAAUGAGUUUUUUUUUCAGAGAUACUCUUGUAUGCAUUUCAAGAGGGGGUGUGAGUGCAGGGUCAGGCAGGAGAGAUGUUUUUGGAGCAGGAGGGGGCGUUCAGUGUCUUGCUCAAGGACUCUUUGACAAGGAUGGACACAGGUGACCUUCCAAUCAUGAGGCAGUCUCUUUAACAGCUGUCUGUCAGGACGCCGCUGCAGACGGUUUGGAAGGGCAGGGUGACAGCAAACGGUGACAUGAUAAUUUAUAUGCAAGCCUGCACUCCAGCUUUAAAGUCAAGCGCUCACUCUUGUCAUUUUUUUGUGAUUAUGUAAACAUAUUUCAUAGUAAUAAACAUGUUGGCAUCUAAUUUUCUAUUUUCAGCAGUUACACACUUUCUCUGACUGUAGCAUUAUACAAAUAAAACUGGGCAAUGUUAAUACACA